AUGUCAAUGAAGUUAUUAUUUACGGAUCAUGAAGUGUUCGGUCGUCAGUGGACGACUUUUUCUCCAAAACCAUUGGACCUUUUUGUUCUGAUUUUUGGUAUGAAGAUUCCUUAUUGGUUGAAGAUGAUAUACAAGACAAAUCAGAGCUCAACACAGAAGUAUUUGGAAUUUUAUCGUGAGGUUGUACUUUCCACAGCUAGACUGGUUGCUGAAUGGCAGGCUGUUGGAUUUUGUCAUGGAGUAUUAAAUACUGAUAACAUGAGUAUUUUAGGAUUAACUAUUGAUUAUGGGCCGUAUGGAUUUAUGGAUAGAUUUGAUCAGGAUUAUAUUUGUAAUGGAUCAGAUGAUGGAGGACGAUAUGCUUUUAACAAACAACCUUCCAUGUGCAAGUGGAAUCUGAAAAAGUUUGCUGAGGCUUUAAGUGGUUACACUGAGCUAGACCAAGUGUUGCCAUUAGAGAUGUCUUUGACAGUGUUAGAGGAAUAUGAAGAGGAGUAUCAGAAAUGCUUUUUACAGAAGAUGAGAAAAAAAUUUGGUUUGGUUCGAAAGCAGUUAGAGACUGAUAUAGAUCUGGUGGACUCUUUUCUGCAGGCAAUGCAGGAUACAGGAGGUGAUUACACCAACUGUUUCCGUUGUCUGAAUCAAUUAGACUUGCCUGGAGCUGACACCUAUCACACAUCUAUGGAGAGAGUAACUAAUAUGUUGAUGGCACAGUCAUGCACUUUGGAAGAACUCAAGAACACUUGCAAACCAAGAAUGGACCCAAGGGAAUUGAUGAUGAUUGUUAUGUUGAUGCAGACUAACCCUGAUCUGUUGGCAAACCUUGGCAAAGGACAACACAUGGUUGUUAAAGAGAUGGAAAAAGUAGAAAAACUCAAGCAAUUACAAGGUUUAACAGAGCAAGAUAAAAAAAAUAAAGAUUUGAAGAUCUGGUCAGCUUGGCUCGAGAAAUACUCAGAUAGACUGAGACUAGAAUGUAAAGACAUGCAAGACAUAGAGGAACUGUCAAAGACUAGGGUAACUGCUAUGAACUCCAACAACCCUAAAUACAUACUGCGUAAUUAUAUAGCACACAAUGCCAUAACUUGUGCAGAAAAAGGAGACUUUUCUGAGGUUAGAAGGGUGCUGAAACUACUGGAGCAUCCAUAUGAUGAUGGCACACAGGUUGAUGACGUCACAAUGCAAUUAGAACAGCACAAUAUAGAAAGCUCAUCAUCUGCUGAACAAGGUGUGCAGUGUUUUAUAUUUCUCAGUUAU